AUGGGGGAGGAGAGGGUGAAGGAGGAGGCCCUACAGAUCCUGGGCGUCUUCCAGGCCCUCCCUCGCCUGGUCGUGUUCGACCUCGACUACACCCUCUGGCCUUUCUACUGGUAAGAAAUACCCGAGUUACGCCUGUUUCUGCUUUGCAUAUGAGAAAACCAGUCGAUGCGUAUAUAGAUGGCGUAGGAUGAACGGCUUCUGAAGCAAUAAUCGGAUUUAGGAUUCAUGAAUCAUGAUGAUAGUGAUGAUGCCCCCGGCGUAACAUGGUGAGCAUCUGUUCCUUUCAGCGCAUGAUAUCGAAAGCAGGAGGGAUUAGGGUUUGUGUUUGGAAUCCUUUCUUCACCGAGUGAUGGUUGGUUGGAUUCUGAUGCUCACGCACAUCAUGAGUUUGUUGUUUGCUUUUCUCGAGACGAGGAAUAAUUUUCUUUUCCAGGGAAAUUUAGUUAAAUCUCUCCAUCGAUCCCGUUUGUCUGCGUAGCUCUGGCGAAACACGGCAUCGAGUUCGACCUCAGAGGCUGUCCAACUACUCCCCUCCCAUAUUCCUCUGGUUGGAGCUUCAUUUUUGCCUGAAUUUUGCGUCUGACUAGAACAACAUUUUUUUGCUUGUACACUCCCCUCCCCCUUUUUCAAUCCUCUAUUUUUUUCGUCUGCAGACUCCAUCAAUAUCCUCUGCCCACGGAACUUGCGUCCUUCUCUUCAUGACGGCUUUACUCGCCCUCUUUUUCUUGAGUUGAUGAGGCUUUACCUUCUCCUUUGACUUUGGCUUUCACUCCUUUAAGCUUGGGCCACCCUGUUCAGAUUUUGAUAAGUUUAUAUUAAUCAAAUAAAAACAUACUAUCCACCCUUCAGUAGCUUCCCUAACAUUCUCCAAGAGUUCCAUCUGGUUAAAGAUGAAGGGACGGUGGACUGCCAACUAAUCAGGGGAUACACGAGGAAGAAUGCAAAUGUUUGCUUACAGACCGCGGUGCUUUGCCCACUCCCACUCCUCGAUCCAACAGCAACCAGUUGAAGAACUAGAUGACCAACUGCGAAAGCUUAGUUGAUAGGGGGAUGGCAUGCCGAAUUUUAUGAAGAUGGAGGCUUGGGCCUUCCGAGUAUAUUAUCUGGAUUCCUUCUUUAGGCUUCCCAGUUCGUCUAAGAACCAGCCAAUCUUAUGCUUGAGCGUUAUGAUUGCUUCUCGAGUCUUGUGAAUGAUUAACUUUCUCUAAUCCCCAUGUUCAUGCGCUGUGGUUUAUCUUACCAUAUCAGGUAAUCUUUUUGAAUGAGCUUCCUAAUCGGUCUGCAUGCUCUCAGUUGAUCGAAUUAUCAACUUACUGGAAAUGUUCAUUCCAAAAGUCUGGAAAUUUUCCUUAAUGUUAACGAUUAGCCGUCAAUAAAUCUCUCAGCCCCAAUCUGGCUUGACUAUUUAUCAGCAUUUAGCAGGGAAAAGAUAUAAUCUUCCAUUCCUGCGCAUUCUGACUGUUGGAUUUAUUUUCUUCCUAGUGAAUGCCGCUCCAAGAGAGAGAUGCCGCGCUUGUACCCACAGGCAAAGGGUAUUCUGCAUGCGCUGAAGGAUAAAGGCAUAGAUGUUGCCAUUGCUUCCCGUUCGCCGACGCCUGACAUCGCCAAGACGUUCCUGGACAAACUAGGCAUCCAAUCCAGCUUCGUGGCCCAGGUCAAUCUGCUGCUUCUAUCCUUGUAUCCAUGGAGAGAUCCCUUGCCGUUCACCCAUAUGCCGGAUGUUCUUAAAAUGAUUUAUUAUAUGUGAUUAGAGAUGAUGGUGGGUUCCAUUUUUUUUGUUCUGUUUGACAAAGUAUGUAUUAUUCAUGCCCAUCGUUGACAUGGUGAGUUGUUGUUCUUCGUCGUCCUGCAACUCAGGAGAUCUUCUCCAGCUGGACGCACAAGACGGAGCACUUCCAGAGGAUCCACCGGAGGACCGGAGUGCCCUUCAAGUCGAUGCUCUUCUUUGAUGACGAGGACAGGAACAUCGAAGCGGUGAGCACUGAAUGGACUCUCUCUCUCUCUCUCUCUCUCUCUCUCUCUCUCUCUCUCUCUCUCUCUCUCCCAUUGACCCAGCAUCUAUUCAUCCGUUUCCCUCUCCCUCUCUCUCCUCAGGUGUCUAGCAUGGGGGUGACGAGCAUAUACGUCGGCAAUGGAGUGAACCUUGAAGCUUUCAGGCUGGGGCUGAGGACAUUCGCCCAGAAGUCGGUCACGCCCACUAGAAGCUCCAGCAACUAG